AUGAUUGAUAUUGUUGAUGCUAGGGUUGAAUGGGAAUACAUACGUGACUGUGUUAUGAUUGCCAUUAAAUUGUUUUCAAACAAUGUGUUUGAUUCCUUCAAGAAUGUUUCUGAACUGCAAUGUUGUGUUACGAAAAGAAACCAUUUAAGUAGUUUUGUCAUUGAUCCGGGAGAAGCUGCUGUUGAAUAUGGUGGAUUUGAUGUGUUUUCUAGUGUUGGAAAUCCAGUAAGUAUUAAAGGGUCGUUUCUUGUUGAUCCAGGUGGGUUACUGCAUUUCUAUAUUGUUAAUAAGGAAUGCAGACAAACCAUGUUUAUUGAAUUUAAUUUGAUGUUAAGUGAUGAGCGGAAUGUAACCAGCCUUGUGAAUCUUAUGAAAAUUGUUGAUUUUGCCAAUGAUCGUAAUUGCCUGAUUGAAGUUAAUGGUGAUGAUGAUUCGGAGUAUUUCAAUCUGUCUCAAGUAGCAAGGAAUGGUAUCGAUGUUGAAUUUGUGCCUGUUUGGAACAACGGUGCAUUGUUGAUGUCUGAACCAAGAGGAAUAGCUACAUGUUUAAAUCCAUUUGGGUGUGUCUUAUAA